UGCCGGAGUAAAUUCUUGUGAGCUUCUUGUGCUGCUCGCUGCAGCUCUACUUCCGCACUCCCGACACACUUUGUUCGGUGUAUUUCUGAUUCUGUUAGUACUCCGUCCCUCGUAUCUGACAGUCCAACCUUACAUUGUUUCCGCAAAACUUUGAAACUAGUAAAAAUAUUCAUUUUCUGCUUUGCCCAAGGAACACGAGACAUUAUGGAGUACAGGAGAUCUCACGACCCGCGAGCAAAUAUCAAGACUAAAACCUCCUCAUGGAGGGUUUUCUUCAUCCUCCUCCUUGCUGUGGUAGCCAUUGCGCAGCCAGAUCUAGACUUCAUUCACGAUGUGACAAGUCCAGAUGGCCCAUUGCAUUCGGAUGGAUUCUGUAGCAAUGGCACAAUGCAGUCACCAAUCAACAUCAACGUACCAUUAUCACCAGUUAAUUACAGUCUCCCGGUGUCUCCCGAUACCAAGUACGUGACAGCAAACGCCUCACUAUCCAACAACGGCUUCAGCCCGCAGCUUGUAGGACCUUUUGGCAACUUCACGAUCGGAAACAAAACGUAUGAUUUUGUCAACCUCCAUUUUCAUCGACCCGCGGAGCACACCCUGAACAUCAUCACCAGGUACCAAUUGGAGAUGCACAUAGUACACAUGAAUGCAGAUGGUGAAAGGGCAGUCAUUGCUCUUUUCUUUACACUUGGUGCCUCCAGUCCAUUCUUGUCACAGUUCUUCCAUCUGCUUCCUCAAAUCGAAGAGAUUGGUGACCCACCCGUGUUAGUCCCCAAUUUGGAGCCAAGUUUCUCCAUGUCCGGCAAGUACGCUCGAUAUCUUGGGUCUUUGACUCUACCGCCAUGUACCGAAGGAGUCAUCUGGACUGUCAUGUUGCAACCUAAUACAUUAAGCACUCAGCAGUUGGCACAGUUUAUCAGCAGUUUCCCGGACGAAAGUGCAAGAUCUGUUCAACCUGGCAACGGCAGAGUCGUGCAAAUUUCUCCCAGCGAGUGGACCCAGUUUUAGAUUCCGGUCUUUCUCGUUUGCGUAUUUUCAAGGUUUCAAAUAAGAGAAACAUGAAACUUACGAUCAAACGUAUAGACUAACUUGCACACCUACAACUGUAAGCGAGAACGUGAGGUUACAUGUUACGUUUUACAUUCUAUGUGUCGCCGUGUCAUCACCCAUCGGUAAAACGAAAUAAAGUAUAGUGGGGUCGCGAUGAGAAGAUCAUAGAAUAAAAAGUAUUCAAAGUUACAAUGCACUAGCUAUUUCCGCACUGUACGAAGCUGUCACCUGACACAGAAGAACGUAAGGUCCUGUGUGUUUUAGCUUCUGUUCAAAUAUAUCGAGGAGCUCACGGGAUGUUGCAAUCCGUAAUGAUGUUAAAUAAAGUCUCGCUAUAACCUUCUUGUAGCCAAGAAAAAAACUACGUUUUCGCACAUAUUCUGCGGUUCCUCCUCUAUUGAUUU